UCUCUCUCUGCCUGCUUUCCCCUCCUGAAGGAGAUGCUGCCGUGUCCCGUGGGCCCCCCUCUGCUCAUCGCCCUCCUGACCUUCUCGGCGGUGGCAGCCGCAGCCACGGAUCCCCCAGAGCUCUGUGAACAGGAGAUGAACAAGAUCAAGGACCUGCUCCAGGUGAGCUGCGUGGCGAAGGGGCUGACCAGCAUCCCUCCCGGGCUGCCCAAAGACACCGGUAUUCUGCUACUGAGCUCCAACCGCCUGGCCCAGGUCUCCAUGGCCUCCUUCCAUCACCUGACACAGCUGAGGGAGCUGGACCUGUCGAACAACAGCCUGGCGGCCCUGGAGACCAAGGGGGCCCCUCUGCCUGGCCUCCAGCUGCUGCUGCUGUCCCACAACGCCCUCCAGCGCCUGCCCGCCUUGCAGGGCUUGCCCGACGUGACGCGCCUGGCCCUGGGCCACAACGCCAUCUCCCAGCUGCCCCAGGGAGGCUUCCGGGGCCUGGGGCAUCUGCUGGACCUGGAGCUCCAAGGCAACCGUCUCCAGCACCUGCCUCCGGGAGCCUUCGAGGGCUUGGACAGCCUGAAGGACCUGGACUUGUCGGAUAACAGCCUGGAGUCGCUGCCCGGGGAGCUGCUGGCCGGGCUGAGCGUGCUGGAGAUCCUGCGGCUGGAGAGGAACCGGCUGAAGAACGUGCCGGACGGCUUCUUCCCGGAGAAAAAGAUUUUCGCCUACGUCUACCUGGUCGGGAACCCCUGGGUCUGCGACUGCCGGCUGGCGUACCUGCGGGACUGGAUCCUGGAAAAUGAGUUCAGCGUGUACACGCGCACCCCUGUCUGGGAGAGGGGCCUUUUGAAAGAGACCACGGAGAACGAACCCGAGAGUGUCACGUGUGUGGCCCCCGCCGGAGAGAAGGGAAAACCCGUCAUGCACUUCAAGGCUGCCUGCGGGGACGUGGCCAUAGAUGGGGGGGAGGAGGAGGAGGAGGAGGAGGAGGCUGCCACGCUGAAGCCCCCCAGCGCCACCCUGCAGGCUUCAUCCGCCCCUCCUGCUGUCCUCACUGCCCGCGCUCUGAGCAUGCUGGCAGCCACCACACCCACCGCAGCUGCCACCACCGCCCCCCCCCACCGCAGCUGCCGCCCCCCCCCACAGCUGCCACCCCCACCGCAGCUGCCACCCCCCGCCACCCCCACCGCAGCUGCCGCCCCCACCACCGCAGCUGCCGCCCCCACCGCAGCUGCCACCCCCACCGCAGCUGCCACCCCCACCGCAGCUGCCACCCCCACCGCAGCUGCUGCCACCCCCACCGCAGCUGCCACCCCCACCGCAGCCUCCCCCACCACAGCUGCCGCCCCCACCGCAGCCACCCCCACCGCCACCGCAGCCACUGAGCGCCCAAGCGCUGCAGAACCGCCCCACACAACACCUGCCCUUCCCCCCCCCACCUCACUGACCCCCAGCACCCCCACCGCCGGCCAGCCAGCAGCUCCCGCAAAGACGCUGGCAUGGCUCCUCCCAGCCAGGCAGGCCACCGAGAGCCCCUUCAUUACGGCCCGGCCCACCACAACGCCCCAAACCACCCCCCGCCCAGCUGGGAUGACCACCCCUCCUGCCAGCACCUCGUCCCUCCCCCCACCCAGCCCUCCGUCCCCGGUCCCCCCCUGCCCACCCCCCGAGCCCUCCGUCCGCUGCUCGUGCCCUGUGCUGCUGCCGCCGCCAGCCAGGGCGCUGGGGAGAGACCCUCCCCCGCGCCCGUUUCCAGCGACCUGGGCGGGCUGGCUGGCGGGCCGCUGCUGCGCCCUGCGCCUGGCCCUGUACCUGGCCUGCCUGGGGCUCAUGGUGCUGCUAACCCUGGCUGCGCUAUGCUGGCUGGCGUGGAACUACCUGAGCUGGUACCGCCCAGCUCUGCAGAGGCCCCCGGGGCCCCGUCUGGUCAGGGCCCAGCAGCCGACGGAGGCCACGCCCAGAGGGGGGCAGCUCAGGGGCAGCGAAGCGUCCCGGCCCCGGACCUACCGUGUCUGCAAGACGUUCACGAUGGCCCCUUCCCACCACGUCACCUGGCUCCUCAUCAGCCUGCCGGGGCCUGCAAAGCCGUGGCCCCUGGGGGGCAGGCAGGGCCAGGUCUCUUCAUACAGCUUGGAUCGGGGGAGGGAUGCCAUCGGGGCCGUGCGGGUGAAGUAUGCCACCUCCUCUUUGUAG